ACUCAGCUUCCCCCGUGGUGUAUGUAGGGAAAAGUUAAAACCCGGAAAAGAUUCGAGAAGAUGACCUCACACCAAACUUAGCCAAACUUUACAUGGCCAAUCCUGGUUGGUGUACAUAAUCGCCGUAUGAACUUGCACUCGCUUCUUCAAAGCACUACCCAACCAUCUUCAAACCACUAGUCAACUUGACUGUGUUCUCGUACAAUGGCCGGGGGACGCUCACAAGUUAUACGUCCUGAAUCACCAGAGAUAGAAGUGGUGUCAUCCAAGAAGAAAACCGUAGAGAAGCGCAAGCAAUCCCCAACACCAGCCCAACCCGCCAAACCACCUAAAGCUGCAAAAACGACCAAAGCUCAACCGAAGCCACCUCAUCAAUGGUCCGCUUCCGAGGAUGCCGAUCUGAUCUCGGUGCUUGAGGAGAUACAAAUCAAUCAAUCGGGCCCGAUGAAUGUCUUCUCCAACAGUGCUUGGACGGAGGCUGCAGAGAAGUUAAACGCCUACAACACGGACCAUUCCAAAGACAAGGAUGCUGCAGCUUGUAAAACUCGCUUCAACGAACUGAAAAAAAUGUACCGGACUUUCAAACGAUUGAAGAACAUGAGUGGCGGAGGUUGGGACGAACGAAACAAGCGAGUGAUCUUCGAUCGAGAAUGGUGGGACGAGUGGGCUCAAGACGGAAGUCAAAAGGCUAAGGACAUGCUUGUUUUCCGUUACAAAGGUUUCCCGCUCUUCGAAGACAUGUUUCAUCUCGUAGAAAAGGAUCCGACUGCUGGCUGGUAGAACCACAACCAAAUCAUCACCCAAACCUCAAUUCUUCCAAAAGAAAAGCGCAACUAGCUUAGCAUCAGUAUCCAAAAUCACUGAAAUCACUUGAUUAAAAAAGAGUUAAAAUUGCUGUACAACUAACAGAAAUCACGUCAUAUUUACUUUCUAUCCUGCAGAACAGUACUCAUACACAAACGUACUUUGCAAAAUCUUAAACAAUCCGUGACAUGUUAAAAAGAAAAGUCUGCCCAGUAAUUUUUUUUUUGGUUUUGUUUUCCUCAUGUUGAAUUAUCUCAAACAUUCUUAACUUGGCGCUUCCAGAAAGGCUCCCGGUUGAUACAAUCUUGAUUGCUCUCCGCAUGUACCUUUUUUGUUUGUUUUCCCUGUAAUCCACAUUGUCCAGUCUGCAAGUCAUCCACCGGGGUGGAUACCUCCAUACAA